AUGCGGUCGCUUCCAUGGCCAAAACGCCUAAAACCUCUGCUUUUAGCCUGCAAAGAGGAAGCUCCCGUAACCCAAAUCCACGCCCUCGUCAUCACAACCGGUCUCUCCACUAAUUCAAACUCCAAUAGCCUCAUAAUUGCUUCGUAUGCCCGUAUGGGCGACAUCACAUCGGCCCGCUACGUGUUUGACAAAUUGCCUCUAAGAGGCGUAGACGCAUGGAAUUCCAUGAUCAUUGCCUAUUCUCGGAGAAAUUACAGAAAUGAAGUUUUGAAUCUUUACCAUCAAAUGAUAGAUGAAGGGGUUAAACCUGAUAGCUCCAUUUUCACUGUAGCGAUAAAGGCAUCUUCAAGCUUGAUGGCUCUGGAAGUUGGAGAGGGAAUUUGGCAUCGAGCGGUGGAUUUUGGAUAUGGGUGUGAUGUGUUUGUAGCGUCAUCUGUUCUGAAUUUGUAUGUGAAGUGUGGAAAAAUAGAUGAGGCUAAGUUGGUGUUUGAUAAGAUGGUGAAAAGAGAUGUUGUUUCUUGGGCUACCAUGAUAACAGGACUAGUGCAUAACGGAAAGGUGCUUGAGGCAGUUGAUAUGUUUGGGAGGAUGAAAAAGGAGGGGAUUGAAGGAGAUGGGGUUGUGAUGUUGGGGUUAAUUCAGGCUUGUGCUCAUCUUGGAGACUUGAAGUUAGGUCUUUCAGUUCAUGGGCAUAUGGUAAGGAGAGAGAUGCCUAUGAAUGAUAUUAUUCUUCAAACUAGCCUUGUCGAUAUGUAUGCUAAGAUUGGGAAUUUGGGGCUUGCUUCUCGUGCUUUUAAGCAGAUGCCCCGUAAGAACGCUGUUUCUUGGGGUGCAUUGAUUUCUGGCUUUGCUCAAAACGGUUUUGCAGAGUAUGCGCUUGAUUUGUUGGUCGAGAUGCAGGGUUUUCGAUUCAAACCGGAUACUGUGGCUCUUGUGAGUGCACUUUUGGCUUGUGCACAAGUUGGGCAUUUGAAACUGGGUAAGUCCAUACAUGGUUAUAUCGUUAGAAGGCUUGAUUUUGAGCUUGUUCUAGGCACCGCAUUGAUCGACAUGUAUGCAAAAUGUGGAGCGCUUUCCUGCGCACAUGCCAUAUUUGAUCGGAUGGAUUCUAGGGACUUGAUAUUGUGGAAUACAAUGAUUGCCAGCUAUGGUAUCCAUGGCGAUGGAAAGGAAGUUCUCUCUCUGUUCCUCAAGAUGAAAGAAGCAGAUAUAAGACCGGAUCAUGCAACUUUUGCAUCUCUCCUCUCUGCUCUUAGUCACUCAGGGCAGGUAGAUGUAGGUCAAUUCUGGUUUAAUGCCAUGGUUAAUGAAUGUAAGAUCCCACCAAGUGAGAAGCAUUAUGCUUGCAUGGUUGAUCUUUUGUCCCGAGCAGGACGAGUGGAAGAGGCUUAUCAGCUUAUAGAAUCCAUGAACACAGAACCGGGGAUGGCUAUUUGGGUUGCUCUCCUGUCAGGUUGCCAUAAUUGUAGGAACUUGUUGAUUGGAGAAGUGGCAGCAAAGAAGAUCCUUGAGUUAAACCCAGAUGAUUUGGGAAUUUACGCCUUGGUUUCGAACUUCUUUUCCAUGACUAGGAUGUGGGAUAAAGUAUCUAUUUUAAGAAAGACUAUGAAAGAAACAGGAAUGAAGAAAGUUCCUGGUUAUAGUGCAGUGGAAGUAAAUGGAAAGCAUGAAGCUUUCCUGGUCGAAGAUAAGAGCCAUCAUCAGUACGAAGAAAUCAUGCAAAUGUUGGAUAGUUUGGAUAAUGAGAUGAGAGUUUUCAGAUAUGUCCCAGACACUUGGCAUGACCCUGGAGGAAGUGAGUUGAAAUUUAUAGACUGA